AGAAUCUCCUCUAUCCGACCAUACCCAUUUUAUUCCCGAAAUCCUGGGAUGGUAUACUAAAUUCUUCCCCAGUACUAAAACAGUGGAUUAAUUUUUGUGCACUUCGCGCCAGAAACCUUCGAAAGAAAUUUGCAGUUUGAAAUGGGUUUAAGUUCGCGGAGUCUAACGAAGUUGCUACUUAGCGCUUUUCUCACGUUAACCAGAAUAACUCCUGCAGAGACUGAUGAACGGCAGAAAAGGAUGGAGUAUCGUUUAAAUCAGGACGUUUUAGAAAAUUUGUUUGGCGUAAUCAGGUUAAAAGGCGGUCUUCACGAUCACCCUGACAGGAAGGAAUUCAAGUAUAGGCUACGUUCCUAUAUACUUGGUCACAACGAAAGACCGAUUACAGAUGAAGGAAAUAUUGAAGUCGACAACACCCCAGAUUUCGAAGGGAAUUACUUAUCUCUAACCGGUAAUAUUUUUCAACGUGUGUCAGUUGAUUUAAAUUCCGCUGACCCAAUUGAAAAAAAUUAUGACUUGAAGAUUCUCAACAACGACGGGCUUGAAAAUUUUUCUGCCACAAACUUGGUAAAGAUAACCCCGAAACUUGUGCCAAUUCAGAAAAUUGUUCGUCUUAUACUUGGGUGGAUCACCUAUCUGAAGGAGGACUUUCAAAACCAACAGAUACAUAUGUUGAUGGAGCAUAUGAGAGCCUUGCAAGCAGUAUUUGACGCCUUAAAUGGUACUGAUUUGCAUAUAUGUACAUACAAUAGCGUGCAUAACUGAGUAAAUGGUUAUCAAUACUGCAUGUAUGGUCCCGUAAAAAUUUUAGUACUUCAUCAAUUUUAACAAAACUUUUGGAAUUUGUUCACUUAUUUUUCCUCUUACAAAAGCCUCCUAUCGCUUUUGGAACGACCAGUUUUCUAACGAAAUCUUUGCAAUGCCGCAUUUACUCAGAAUUGCACGUUUUGCACAUUGGAAAAAAUAAAACGAUCGCGUGAUCAACAUAACGGGGAUUUACCACUAUUUUUCGUUUACUUAUUCAGUUGCAUUUUCUGUACACGUGUUUCACUUUUUUAAAGUUUUUUGACGAGAUAACAUCUACUUAAAAAAAAUGAAGAAAAUAUCUGUUGAAUUAGAAAACAGCAUCGUGACAUUGACAAGAGAUGAUCUCUCGUCUAGGCAAA